UCCGCGUCUCCUACCCUGGAGGGCUCACGGCGGGACGUGGAGACGCACCGCACCGAGGCCGUCGCGCGCCGCGCCCGGCUCCUCAGCCGAGAAGCGAAGCCUCGGCUUGGACAGCAGGAAGCGAACCCGGCACUUUCCACUCUAGCCUCCGGGUCGCCUUUCGAGGUGUGGUGGUGAAUACAAGGGUGCUGUGGCUGCCAACAAGAAUGGUCCCUGCAUUCCUGCUGGCUUUUCUUAAAAACUGAUGUAUAGUUUAGGAUGGCAUCCGAGACUGAGAAGACUCAUGCUCUACUCCAGGCUUGCAGCACUGAAUCUAUUGUUUGCAGCAUUGGUCUGGGCAUAUUUUGCCUAGUAGCUGACAGACUUCUUCAGCUUCCCCUAAUUCAGCAAAGUGACUGGCUUCGUGCACUCUCAGACAACGCAGUGCAUGGCAUGAUUGGCAUGUGGUCAUGGGCAGUAAUCACUGGAGUCAAGAAGAAGACUGACUUUGGAGAAGUCAUUUUAGCUGGAUUUUUAGCCUCUGUUAUUGAUAUAGACCACUUUUUUCUAGCUAGAUCUCUGUCUUUAAAGGCUGCUUUGACUCUUCCACGAAGACCUUUCCUUCACUGUUCUACUAUGAUACCCAUCAUGGUUCUGACUCUGAAGUUUACUAUGUACCUUCUCAAGGUCAGAGACUCAUGGUGCUUUCUUCCCUGGAUGUUAUUUGUAUCCUGGACUUCACAUCAUAUCCGUGAUGCAAUUCGUCAUGGCUUGUGGAUAUGCCCAUUUGGAAAAACUUCUCCUUUGCCAUUCUGGCUUUAUGUAAUGACAACAUCAUCUUUACCUCAUAUAUGUUCACUUGGUAUGUAUGUAACAGGGACCAGACAAUUGAUAUCUUCCACACAAGGAACUCUCAUUAAUGUCUGAGAGAAGGGAUGCAGAAGACAAUAAUGAAGGGUAGCCAAUACUGAAGUGACAUUUUAUAAACACAUUUACAUUGAUAAUUUUUUUAUUAUUGCUGAGUCUACUUGCUCAGCAGGCAUGUAUGGUUUUUUAAAAAAUUAUACUUGUUACAGUUCUAACUUCUUUCAGAUAUGUCAUUUUGCUACAAUUCAUUUAUUCCAUGAUAUAUUUUUAUUGCUGCUUUUGAUUAUCUGGGAUUACUAGAAGUUUUGCUAGAAAAACAUAGAAUUAGUUGUCUUGAAGUCUAUCUGUAAGUCUCUUUCCUGAUGAGAGCUCACUUUUGGGAUCACUAAUUU